AGCCUAUCUCUUUCGAUUCCAAAAGCCGAGGCUGAGAUCCGCGCUGCCCCUUUAAGGCCCCUCCCCUUCCCAGAGGGGCCAGACCACGCCCGGGGGGCGGGCGCGGCCCCUCCCUUGCCUCCGGUCCCGGGGCGGCCCGGAGCUACCUCACAAUCGGGGCGAUGGGAUCGGGGCUGCUGUUGCGCGUGCGCGGGCUGCUGCAGGCUCCGGGACUGCGCUGGGGACAGUGUCUGAGGGCGUUCAGCCAGCGAGGGGACGGCCUCCUGCUGCGCCAGCUCUUCGAGGCCAAGAGUUGCACCUACACUUAUCUGUUGGGGGACCGGCUCUUGGGGGAGGCUCUGUUGAUCGAUCCGGUGCUGGAGACCGCCUCCAGGGAUGCUCGACUCGUGCAGGAGCUCGGCCUACGCCUGCUGUAUGCAGUCAACACGCACUGCCAUGCGGACCAUGUCACAGGCAGCGGCAUCCUCCGGUCCAUGGUUCCCGGCUGCUUAUCGGUCAUCUCCCGCCUCAGCGGGGCCAAAGCCGACAUCCUACUGGAGGAGGGUGACAUCCUCCCCUUUGGGCGCUUUGCAGCUAAAACAAGAGCCGGCCGAGAGAAGCUGCCAACAGGGGGCAGACUCUGCGCAGAGAGCUCUAAAAGGCAACCACAGAACCUGGAAACCAGGGCCAGCCCAGGCCACACUGAUGGCUGCCUGACCUUUGUACUGAGUGACCACAGUGCAGCCUUCACCGGGGAUGCCCUGCUCAUCCGGGGUUGUGGACGCACAGACUUCCAGCAAGGCUGUGCUAAGACCUUGUACCAUUCAGUCCAUGAGAAGAUUUUCACCCUUCCUGGGGACUGCCUCAUCUACCCAGCUCAUGACUACCAAGGGCACACUGUGUCCACUGUGGAGGAAGAGCGGACCCUGAACCCUCGACUCACACUCAGCUGCGAGGACUUCAUCAAGGUCAUGGACAACCUGAAUCUGCCCAAGCCACAGCAGAUCGACGUUGCCGUCCCAGCCAACAUGCGCUGUGGCAUCCAGGACCCCCUCAGCUGACUUCCUUGCUGGGGCUCCCCACAACUCAGCACCUCACUUGCACUUGGUCCUGCUGGGAUGGGGUUUGAACAGACCCCAUCCCCCUCCAGAUUCCGUUAAUAAAACCUCUUUUGCUUAAA